UAUUCAUAUAAGUACGGUUCACGCCCAACUGUUACAAUUCAUUUAUCCGUUACCAUACGACAGUAUACAUAGUGGCAGAGAGCAAUUAAAAUUUAUCAAAAUGUCAUUCAAAGUGGAAGCAGUUCAAUCACCAAAGACGAUCAUCAGCACUAGAUGUCAUUGGGAUGAGCAAAUGCAGAGUGUGUUUUACAAUGACGUUGAAGGUGUAAUUUUGCGUUAUGAUUUCAAGGAGAAUAAGGUAUAUUCAGCCACGGUCGAUGGUGAAUCUGCAAUUGCUUUCGUAAUUCCCAUUGCGAACCCGAAAAAACCGGGUCCAACUGAUGAAUUUGCAGUUGGAUUCGGUCGACGGGUCGCAGUCGUGCAGUGGGAUGGUCGAUCGUCAAAGGCAACAAUUAAAUCCAUCGUUUUUGAAGUUGAAAGCGAGAAAAAGGAUAACUUAUUUAACGCGGUCAAAGCAGAUCCCACGGGAAGAUUCAUAGGGGGAACAAUGCGAUCAAUUGAAGUUGAGGAUAUUUUCAUCCCGAAUAAAUUGGUGCCGGAUGGUGCUUUGUAUAAAUAUGUCAAAGGUGAGGGCGUCUACGAACUGGCAAAGAAUGUUUACAUAUCGAAUGGUUUGGCAUGGAAUGAAAAGGAGAAGAAAUUUUUUUAUAUCGAUUCCGGUAAAUUUGAUGUGAAAGAGUAUGACUGGGAUCCAGCAACUGGUGAUAUUUCCAAUGAACGUGUUGUGAUUGACUUCAGUAUAAAUGGUAAGAAUCCAGGAUUUCUUCCCGAUGGGCUUACAAUCGAUACGGAUGGCAAUUUAUAUGUAACUGCCUUCAUGGGAUCAAAAGUGUUCAAAGUCGAUCCAAAAGCUGGCAAAGUAUUGUUCGAAAUUCCGAUACCGGCUCAAAAAGUGACUGCAGUGGCGUUUGGUGGUCCAAAUUUGGAUAUUUUGUACGUGACAACUGGUGGAAAAGAUGACACCAAUGAAAAUGCUGGUUGUCUAUUCAAAGUAACUGGUUUGGGUGCUAAAGGAUUUAAAGGCGUUAGAAUUCACAUUUAAAAACUGUAAAAACUAAUCUGAAGCUGUAUUUUGAAAAGUUGACAAUUUUUAAUUCAAAAUGUUGGAAAUUUAAAAUGUUUAGAUGCAAAAAUGUAGAAAAAAAAAGUUUAGUCUGUUUACCUUUUAAAACGAUUUUUAGGAUUUGUUAACCGUAUUUACAAAUACAGUUUUUUUAUUCAUUUCUGCUUUAAUUUUUGGAAAAAUAUCAAUAGUGCAAAGUACAUAGCUUAACCCUCUAGUGCAUAGCCCUGCCUUUAGGCAGGGUGUAUAAAUUAUUGUCUAAAAUAUAUAAUAAAAAACAAAUGAUUCUAUUUACGAAUUGAAAUAUUUUCAGCAGGGUUCAGGCUUUCAUUUGCCGGUCAUUUGACAAGUGAAAAUAAAGCGGUUAUUUAAUCAUAAACUCAGAUGUA